AUGAUACUGACAGCGGCUCAACGGCCACACGAGCACAUGGAGACCAAGGGUCUACUUGAUGAUGAGACGUCCAGUGUCACUGUCAGCGUGGCCGGGGAGGGGAAUCGGCUGCGGUGUUUCCCAUACAUCACGGGCAUACGCAACGGCGGUAGCAAAAGAGACAAAUUCCAUCACCAGCGCAGCCAAAGCUACAGCAGCCCCCCAUACCAGUCGCAGCCUCAAGCUCCUCUUCGGCCAACGACGGCUCUCCCUGCCGACAAUGCCGUCCGUCCAACUCGAUCGAGAAGUCGUCUGCAGAAGCGGCCGUCAGCGCGCAUCCUGAAAACCUCUUCCAGCGCCCCGGCCAUGGCCCGGUCGCCUGCCACAUUCCAGCGGCGAUCAUUCGAUCAGCAGGACCUCACAGCCUUGCCUCAGUUCCCCGACCAAUCCAUCCUCGAUCGCUCCUCCUCUCUACGCCAAAGGGCGUACCCUCAGACAGCCGACCGAGUCAAAGAGAGGGGGGGCGGCCCCAAGUCCCCGGACAAUCUGAAAGUCACAUCCACUGUCGACGGCGCAUCUUCGACGAGGCCACAAACCUCACCCAUUGAAAAUACCACCAUCAGCACCUUCGGAAUAGAAUCUUUGUCUUCAACCAAUCCGGCCGGUCCUGUACCGGCUCCCGUUGUCGUCAAUCAAAGAACACCACGCCAUCUACCCCUCGCCCCCAAUGACCCUUCCCCUUUGAAUCCAUUGUACCAUAUUACAUCUCCAACCAUGGUCAACGAACGACCAGUCACGUCUAGAGCUUCUGCAAAAUCUCCCGUCCGACAAAGUCCUCCUCCUCAACCAAUCGAACAGGUCCUUCCUUCGAGCGUCAGACUGGGGACCAGCGCGCUUACCGAAGUUGGAACUCAUGUCCAAGAUGCCAUCACCCAAGACGUCGUGAGGGAACACACGGUAGAAAUAAUUCAAGAAGAGGUCACGCGGGAGAUUCAUGUCCAUCACUACUACACCCACGUACAACCGAUCAAAGCCGUGGAAAUUCUACCUGCGCGGCAUUUUCUCGUCGAUGAGCAAACGGGACAAAAAGUUGAAAUUCCAACCCCGGAAGGAUGGGUGAUGCCGGAAUCAUUGCAGCCUCCUGGGCCAGACGGGAGUAACCCGUUGCCAGUGACAAAGCAGUAUCUUGCCAACGAGCCGUAUCCUGAAGGCGUACUAGAGCCCCCCCCUCUGAACAUAAAGAAGAAAAGUGCGCAAGAGCUGAGGUCGAUUGCGAAAGCGAGGCAUGCCGCGAAAUGGUCUCCAUUUCCAAAAGUCGGGUGA